AUGCCUUUCGACGACAUAGCACCCGAUCUUGAGAUCGACUACUCUAUUGCUGAUAGCACCUGUGGUGACAAUUCGGACUCACAAGAUGAUGAGAGACCCUUCCUCUUGUCUUCCGACUCUGAAGAGCCGGGCCAGGACUCAGACGUCGAGGUCAUGGAGAACCGGCCACAGCGCUCGCCAUAUGCGAGCGAUAUAGUUGCCCUCAGAUUCAGUCCCAGCCAAACACUUCGCAUCCCUCGUCAGUUCCUGGAGAAAACCCCGCUUGCCGCUCGUCUCGCGCGGUGCGAACCGCCAAACGAGCUGGAUCUGGGAUCCAUCCAGUUCGAUGCCGGCCACGUCAUUGUGAACUUCCUCGUGACGGGCAAAUACCAGUGCCUCGAGCCGUGGGGAACGACCGCUGCUGGAAAGUACUCCUCGGAGUUUAGAACUGCACUUCGCGUGUACAUGGCUGCCGAAUCUCUCGGAUUGACGGACCUCUUCAACGUUGCACAAGAAGAAGUCAAGAAGGCUGGUGACAAGUUGAGCUUCCCUCAGGUUGUCGACAACGUCCACUUUUUGGACCCCUUCCAUGCACACUUUCCGUGGAUCGGCGAGUACGUCCAGUCUCGCAUGGUCUCCUUUUGGGAGAACACCACGGUCGAACAGGCGACCAAGAUGACGUCUGAUGUCUUGGGCCCUUCAAACCUACAUAAGAUACUAAUCAGCGGGCUGCUGAAGAUGAAGGCUUCUUCCAGAUGGCUUCCGGAGCAUGAAUCGACCAUCAGAGAUAUGCAAACCCCGGAAGGUCGUGUUGAAGAAGACUUGGCUCCUCACAGCCAGAUGGUAGAGAAACUAAAGAUUGCGAAUGAGAAGAUGUUGAAGUUGGCUGCAGAGCUAAAGACGGUGGGAGUCUUUCAGGAGGGGAUUAAAGAGAAGUCGGGUCCAAGCAGCUCACCCAAACAGCAGGGCGAGCCACGCCUUCAGAUGCCUGAGGUCACCCUCCUCCAAACGCCGGAUCUGCCUCCAAAGAAAGGAGUGAAAGAGAUUGAGCAGGAAGCUGUCUUGGAACAAUGCGAACUGAGAUCCCUCAUGUCCAAAAGCCUCGACAGGGAGGAGACCCCGUUGGGGUUUUCCUGGGCCGACCAGAAAUGCCUUAACCUUCUUGAGCAGAAAAGUCAUAGAAGGGCUGACGUCUUGAAUGCGAAAAGAGAUUGGGAUCGGAUUGAUCUCCAACAACAGAAGGCGGACGCAGCUUUCAAGGAUGCUAUUAGCAACCAGCCACUAGAGCAGCAGACCAUUGCCCUCAUCGGCCUCGGCACCAUUGGCCUCUCGUUCGCCGCGUUGCAUCUCCGAUAUUCAAACGCGAAUCUUCGGCUAUAUGACGUACGAGAUGACCUCGAGCAUCACAUCUCUACCCUUCUGCCGGUAUAUUUAGAGUCAGUGAAGAAAGAAGCGACAGAGACCCUCUCUGUCCAGCAACUCAUAUCUACCGGACGGCUGUCGAUAUGCUCUACCAUCGAAGAGGCAUGCUCAAACGCAACUAUCGUUCAGGAGCAAGGCCCCGACAAGAUCGAAUUCAAGCAGUCAAACUGGGCUAGCGUCAUCAAGCAUGCUCCGGCAAAUGCACACCUAUGGAGCUCAACAUCUGGUAUUUGCGCUUCCAAGCAGGUUGAACAUCUUGAGGACAAGACAAGAGUUCUUGUGGUUCAUCCUUUCAACCCCCCGCAUAUCAUGCCAUUAAUCGAGGUGGUGCCGUCUCCCCACACCGCGCCCGAGAGAACCCAGUUUGCCAUGGAUUACUUUAACAGUCUUGGCUCAGGCCAUCGCCCCGUCAAGAUCAACAAAGAAACCCAAGGCUUCGUUGGAAACCGUCUGGCCUUUGCUCUUUUCCGCGAAGCUUGCCACCUCGUUGCCAACGACGUGGUCUCGGUCGAGGAUUUAGACACCAUCAUGGAAAACAGCCUAGCACCGAGAUGGGCCGUGGCCGGUCCUUUCAAGACAUACAACAGCGCCGGAGGAACUGGCGGUAUAGGAGCAUUUAUGCAUCACUUAGCUGGAACUAUGGAGGCGUGCUGGGACGAUGUCGGAGAUAUAACCUUUAAAGGAACAUCUGCCGGGGCCUCGGCUCCACGUCCGAGCAUCUCGGCAGAGAGUGAAGACUGGACAGAAAAGGUUUCCAGGCAAACAGAAGAGGCCUAUGGAAGGCCAACUGCGGACUCGCUGGCUGAGAGGGAUCGAAAUCUGCAAAAGAUUAUCCAGGCUCAGCCAAGUAAGAGAUAG